GUUAUUCAUCAAUCUGAUGAUGAUUCUAUCAUAUUUCCUGUCAAUGCAGUUGCUGCAUCAGAAGAAAGAGCAAAAUACAGUGAAAAGAUUUGCAAGGCAAUAUGGUAUCGUGGCUCUGACGCUUCACUCAAAAUUAAAAUACCAAUUCGAUGGUUUGUUUUUGAGCUGUCUUUGCCCGAUAAGCAGAGUAUUGUAUCAGUUAAGGAAGCUUUAUCUAUUGGAGAAAGAUACGGGAUGAAUGAGGAAGAUACUAAACAAGCUUUGAGAUAUUUCCAUGAUGUGAGUCUCAUGUUGUAUUAUCCAAAAGUUAUAAAUGUUUUCUUUAUUGAUUCUAAGCCAAUCCUUGAGAUUCUCUCACAAUUAUUAGCUCUCACAUACGUUACUAAAAUUGAUGCCAUAGCAUUAAUUACUGACGAACCUCUUCCUCUAAAAAUCACAAAUAAUCUCAAGGAAGGAUUCUUCAAUGAAGAUAUUUUUGAGUGUUUAAAGUCAAAGUCUGUCGUAUUUUCCCUGCCAGAGUUCCAGUUGUGUGACCUAAUCAGACUCCUUCUUCAUCUUAACAUCAUCACAAAACUAGAAGAUGAACCAAAGGGACACUACUUCAUUCCUUAUGCUCUUCCUUCAUACAAUGACCUAGUUUCAAUUAAGGAGGCUAACGCUAAGCCACUUCUCAUAGUCUGGAGAGAAGAGAAGAAUAAAGAGAUCCUACCAGUUCCUACAGGAUUGUUCCCUUUAACCAUCGUACACCUACUCAACCUGAAAGAAUAUGUUACUGAAAUCCCUCCUUCAACGCCAGAGUAUUACAAAUUUCGAGAUGCCAUGUCCCUCAAGGUAGUCUUCAAAGGGAAGGAGGACACACUUCACCUCAUCAAUUGUUAUACUCAUAUUGAAGUGUACUUCACUGGUCCUACCCAGCACUGUCCAUUAGUACGUAAGCUACUCACAAAAGCUAUUGAUAAUAGCAGUGAUGCCAUGCACCUCAAGCAUAAUUACGUCAAUGCAUUUGCUUGCCCUUCAAAGAGGAGUAGCUGCUACUGUAUUGUUAGACCCAGGGAAGAUGGUAAUAUUGUCAAUUGUACAAUUUGUCCAGUGUCAGCUACUAUCAGUAGUGAUCAUUGGUACUGGUUUGAAUCAGGACCUGUUGAGAAUGACAAUGGAACACAAAUGAAACAUAAUAAUAAUCAGUCACCAGAUGAAAGCCUCCUAUUAGUCAAGAAGCCAGGAACAGAUGAUCUCAUGAAGUUGUUCAUUGAUUCUGCUGCCCAUUAUAUGAUAAUUGGCAUUGGAUUGUCUGUCAAUGUGACUGACCUCACUCCUCUUCCUCAUCUAACCAUACUCAAUCUCAUUCAAGUGUUCCAGAGGUGGAGUGACUCCAAUAAUGACGUCACUUGGGCUAAGAUUCUAAAAGUCUGUCAAGAUUUCCCUAAUCAGCUUGGAAAAGCAGAAGCUAAGAUCAACAAGUUCCUUUUGUCACCUGAAGCUCGUGAUAAGUAUUAAAAAUGAUUUAUUUUUAUGCAUUUUGCCUUAAUCAUGCACAUUGACUAUUACAUUGAUUAUUGUUACUAUUAUUAUUAUUAUUAAUCUGAUGUGGACAGAUACCUUAGAAAAUAUAAAUAACAAUA